AUGGCUUAUACAUCAAGAGCUUACGAGCGCAACUGGAAUUAUGAGGCCGCCGAUACCACCUUUGAUGCACGCGUCGGCAAGAUUUUAGCUGGUGGCCUAGAUCUAAAGGCGAGCCUCCGGGAUAAGGCCCUCGAGGAGCUGGCUGCCAAACAGGAAGCUGACGCCGCCUACGAGCAGCGUGAGGCCGCGGCCGCCCGCGUCAACCUGAACGCCGCGACCUCUCCUUCAAAGGCCGGCGGCCGAGUGGACCCCCGUGGCUACGUGUGGGUGGACCCCAAGGGCCGUACACUGGGUCCCGUGGGGGAUCAGACGGGGGCCGUUCCGGAGGGCGGCGGCAGCAGCCCGGCGGAGCAGGUGGCCCAGCUGUCGAGUCGGCGACCCAGGCUGACGGAGCGGCAGAUGGCGGCCAUGUCCAUGAACACCUCUGAGCGGUCCAUGGCGCUCUGGAAGAAGCUCAAUCCGGGCUGCGUCGAGGAAACCCAGCGCACCCCCAAGUCCACCUUCAAGGACCACUUCGGGCCCAAGGCGGACCUGCCCGAGGCGGACAAGGUGGAUAAGACCUACCACUACCAGAAGACCGACUUCUCCGAGUACACGGAAGUCAAACUGAGGCUCAUGAACCACCUCAAGUCGUAG